AUGUGGAUAUUUCUUGUGUUGAUGACGAUUGCUAAUCUCGGAGGUACGAAGCGUGUAAGGAAAGAACCUCGACAAAUUUCGGUUGUGUCAACUGGUGAAGAAAGUGGAAGUGAAUUGGAUCCAAAGUUGUGCAUGCUUUGUACACGUAAACGUGUUAUGACAUCUGUUGCAUCAAUAGGAGCAACUGUUGCGAGAGAAAAUACUCGAUCAACUUCAUUUCAGCCUGCCCAAGAAGAAAGUGUCUCUAGAACAACUUCUAAAACAACCGAACGUCAUCUUUCUCAAAAUAUGGAUUCUUUUCCAAACUCAGGUGAUACAGCAACAAGACAAAGUGGUUCCACCGAAGAUACUCAACGAUCUUCAAUACCGUUAGUUGGUGAAGGAAAUGUCUCUAACACAACUGAUAACAUGGAAUCCCAAACUGAGCACUCUCAUGCUCCAAUAUAUUUUGCAACGGAGGUUGGAAUUGUGAUGCGAAAGUUUUGUCCAAUGGAAUUCCAUACAUGGGAGAAAGUACCGAAAGAAAAUAAAGAAGAAAUGAUCGAUAGAUUACGUAAGUAUGUUGAUCAAAUGAAAAAUAAUCGAGAAAAACUAGUGAUUUCAAGUAGAGGAGGUUCUCGAUCAAUAGCAAAUCACAAAUUUAGCAUGAAAAACAAAGAGACUCAAUUGCCCCCCACCCCAAUCGAAUUAUAUCAUAAGUUGCAUUUUCAUCCUACAAAGGAAUGGCUAAAUGAUGAGACACGCAUUCAAUAUGCUUCAAGUGGACCUAUUAUGAGGAAAAAAGAUCUACAUAUCUUAUCAGCAGCGGAACCGUCUCAAUCAGCCUCAAUGGAUGAAAUGGCUUUGAAAAAUAAAGUUACUGCACUCGAGGAGGAGAUUCGAGAAAACAAAGAAAAAGUGAAACAAAGUGAGGAGAAAUGUGAAAAGAUGCUUCAAUUUAUGAUCUCAAAGUUCCCAGAUUCUCAAAACAUAUUAUGCCCGCCUGAUAAAGAAGGAUUUCGUGCAUAUGAUGACAUGAUAAACACAUCUGAUGAAGAGUAA